AUGUUUGCAAAAAAAAUUAGAAAAUAAGAAACUAAAUUAAUUGAUGAUGACAAUAAAGAUGAUGAUUAAUAAUAAUAUUAAAAUAUCAAUUAGUAUCCAUCAAUUGAUAAAUCUAUUGUAAAAUUAAAAAAAGUUGGAAUCAAUGUUUAAUAAUUGGCCAAAGAAAAAUAGAUAUCUUAAAAAAAGUCUGCAGUUAAUGAAGAAAGAUAAAGAAAUUUCCUUAAUCAAGAUUCUGCUAGAGGAUUAACAAGCAUUAAUUAUAUUAAGUAAAAAACCGAAAAACCAGAUAAACUUAUGGAAAAAUAUGUACAAGAAAAAAUUAAAAGUGUUGAUCCAUUAGCUUUUUGUGGUCAAGUUGAAAAUAUUUAAGAUGAAUCAUAAAGAGAUGCAGAACUUUUAGAAGAAAUUAGAGAGGUAUAAUUUUUGCUUCUAUCUUAUUUAAGACUUAAGCUAAAUUUUUAUCAAAAAAUGAAGAAAAAGAUCCAUCGUUUUAUGUUGGUGGUAUUAUUUAAGUUAAUUUAUCAUUGGAGUAAUAUUAUAAUUUAUAUUUUUAGAGAAGAAGCAUAAAAAUUAGCAUAAAUGGAAGAUUUAAAAAGAGAUUAAUAUAUAUAAACCAUUAUUUAAGGAAAACCUAAAAGAGCAGCUCCUAUUGUUGUACAUCCAGAUGAAGAAGAAGAUAAAGAAACUAAGGCAUUUAGAGAACUCAAAUCAAAAUUUUACUAAAAAGGAAGAAGUAUUUAUGUUAAGUUAUUUUAGUUUAUAAAUACUAAUAAAUGAAAAAAACCAUAGAUAAUAUUAAACCUGAAAUUGAAUAAUCCCAAAAUCAUGAAAUUAAAUAAUGA